CGCGUGGAAAGAGCCCGAGUUGUGAUUGUGUGACGAGGUUCGCUCUCCUGCUUCUCGUAUCAGCCGAGUCCCGCCGUCUCCAGUCGCAUUUGUAUCCAUGAGCAAAUGGUCGCGCUUCGUAGCGCUGGCAGUCGCUGCGUUGGUCCCGUACGUCUCUGCCGACGUCGAGACGCACGAGUACGCUCCAGGCGAGGAAGUGGUCGUCUGGGUGAACAAGAUCGGUCCAUUCAACAACCCGCAAGAGACGUACACGUACAAUACGCUGCCCUUCUGUCGCGCUCCCGGCGCCGAAGAUCCCGAAGCGCAUGCACUGGGUAUCGGUGAGAUCUUGGAAGGCAACGAGCUGUUAAAUUCGGGUCAGCAGAUUAAAUUCGGUGUCAAUUCCCCCAAGACGAAGCUCUGUGAGCAGACGUUGACAGACGCCGACGCGCUGCAAUUCGGCGCCGCAGUGGACGAACAUUACUGGUACCAAAUGAGUGUGGACGAUCUGCCUGUGUGGGGCCUCGUGGGUAAGGUCAUGAAACCCACAGACGACGUCGAGUACCUUAAGCAAUUCCCAGUGGGGACACGCGUGUUGUACACACACAAAAAGUACUCGAUAUCUCACAACGGACCGCACAUUAUCCACGUCAACUUGACCUACUCCGACGUGCUGACGUCCAUCGCGUCGAACAAGCAGGUCGACUUCACCUACGAAGUUGUGUGGUCCGAGACGUCCAUCCCGUUCGAAGAUCGCUUCGAUCGCUACUUGGAGGACGAGUUCUUCGAGCACCAGAUCCACUGGUUCUCCAUCUUUAACUCGUUUAUGAUGGUGAUUUUCCUCUGUGGACUAGUGGCGCUCAUCCUGCUGCGUACACUUAAGAACGACUAUGCAAGAUUCGCAGAGGAUGACGCUGAGGAGCUCAUGAUGGACGGGAAGUCGUCACUUUUGAAAGACGACGCCAACUCGGGGUGGAAAUUAUUGCAUGGCGACGUGUUCCGUGCACCUCCUUACUUGUUGCUGUUCACGGCGUUGGUGGGGACUGGUGCGCAGCUGCUGGUGCUGUCGGCUUGCUUGAUGCUCAUCGCGAUCGGGUCGUCGCUCUACAUUGAGCCUGGUGGUAUCGUCUCAGUGGGCCUCACCGUCUACGCGUUCUCGUCACUGGCUAACGGAUACGCGAGUGGGGCGUUCUACCACCAGUUCUUCUACCCGCGCGUGUCGAAAGAUUGGAUCCGUGCCAUGUGUCUAUCGUCGGCGCUGCUCCCCACUGUCACAUUUGUGUCUGUGUUCUUCAUCAAUGCGCUGGCUGUGUUCUACGGAACGACGUAUGCUAUCCCCUUCGUGACCAUCGUGCAGGUUGUGCUCGUGUGGUUCUUCGUGUCGUGUCCUUUGGCCGUUCUGGGCACGAUCUUGGGUCGUCACGGCGCUGCGAAGGCCGGUUUCCCGUGUCGCGUCAACAAGUUCCCGCGUGAAGUCCCCGAAGCGCGCUGGUAUCUGCGUCCGCCAGUGCUCAUUGCACUCACGGGUGUCCUGCCGUUCGGCUCGAUCUUCAUCGAGAUGUACUUCAUCUUUGCGUCGUUCUGGAACUACAAGUUCUACUACGUCUACGGAUUUAUGCUGCUGGUGUUCAUCAUCCUGACGAUCGUGACGCUCUGUGUGACCAUCGUGUGCACGUAUUUCCUGCUGAACGCCGAGAACUACCGAUGGCAUUGGACUUCCUUCGCAGCUGCAGGCAGCACCGCUCUCUACGUGUUCGUGUACGCCAUCUAUUUCUAUUUCUUCAAGACCAACAUGUCGGGCUUCCUGCAGACUUGCUUCUACUUUGGCUACAUGGGCCUCUUUUGUUUCGCGUUCUUCAUCAUGUGUGGCACUGUCGGAUACCUCGGCAGCAGCGUGUUCACUAAGCGCAUCUAUCGCAACAUUAAGUGUGAAUGAAGCAAGUGCCAGGCGUAUCGCUCAGUAGCCACCAGAAAAAGGAUGAAGCGGGAUUAACUAGAAAAAAAUGACGACCUCAGUAGGUUCAAGUGAAAUUACUAUUUUUUCUUUUUGGCGAUGACUUAAGAUUCAAUAAAUGUACAAGUUGCAGUAGGGUUUGCAAUAGGGUUUCACCGGCUUGGGCAGGUCAGUUGAAGGAGUCGAUGACCUGGCGCAUGGCCUGCACUGAGCCAGCUACCAUUCCAACGAUACCGAAGACGACAAUUCCCCAAUGGAAGAUGCGCGAGGGUAAGGACAGUGUCGAUCCCUUGGCCACAAGAUAGAGAACGGGAGGCAACACGAUCGCCAGCAUACUUGAGCCCACGGAGCCGAAGAGGCUGAUGAGAAGACCCACGUCCGGCACGCAGACUGCGACCAUCAUGAGGCUCGUGCACAGCAUGGAGCGGAACAGUGUGCGGUUGCAUUCGUACGGCGACAAGUUGCACACCAAUCGCUCCAAACAGCUCGCUGUUGAUCGCGUUGAAGACAAAUUGGAAGCAGCUGCGACGGCGGCUGGAGAAGCCAUCGGAGAGAACGAGUGACGCAUCGUUUGCAGCGAAAAAAGCGACGGUGGACGGCUAUUGUGGCUGCUGGUAGACAGCACUACUUCGCGAUCGUCGCGGUCGUAGUCUAGUCCACCUUCAGCUCCAUGAAGCGAGCGAUGUUGCUGUUUCUUCCGAGCCUUGCGACGUCUCCGUGCCUCCAGCGUCACUAGAACAGGUUCAGAUGGAGGUGCAGGACGCAUCACAGACGUAUGCCGCAACAUUCGCUCCAGAACGUCAAUAGCGGGGUAGAAUUGAAUCGGAAACGAGAGCGUGCACGCAAAAGCCAACGCGACAUUCGCCUACAAGACAAAC